CUAGUGUCAGACCAGUACCCAGGCCUACUCCUUCCUCCAAAUGCGCUGCCAUCCAUCGAUGUGAAGGUUUACUCAUCUCGGAUGAGGCCAUCUCGAUUGAGUAUCAUGAUGCCAAAACCUCAGGAGGAAGACCCCGUCUAUAUCCUGGCAAUCCACGCCCGUUCAAACGGACAGCAACUAUGGCGGGUAGAGAAGACUAUAGUUGCGCUCCCGAAUCUUGACCAGCAAUUGAGGGCUCUUUGCGAUUUCCAUGGCAAAUUACCUGAUCGUGGUCUUUUUAGUGGACACGCCCCGGCGAAAAUUGACGCGCGACGAACAGCCCUGAACAGUUACUUCGAGGUCAUGCUGGAUACGCCGAUGAAUGAACGAGCCGCACUUUUGGUGUGCGGCUUUUUCUCAAGCGACGUUAUUGGAGCUGAAACUGACGAUCCUCGAACUUCGCCAGAUUCCGCGACAGCUCCCUCAAUAUCGUCGGUAUCGAAAGGCAAGGCACGCAAAGAAGGCUACUUGACCAAACGCGGCAAGAAUUUCGGUGGAUGGAAAGCUCGAUACUUCAUUCUUGAAGGCCCUGAAUUCCGAUAUUAUGAGGCUGCUGGUGGCGCACAUCUCGGGACCAUCAAAUUACAGAAUGCCCAGAUCGGCAAGCAAUCCCAGCAACAGUCGAACCAGUCUCCAUCCCGACGGGAUGACGAUGCUGAUAACCAGUAUCGACAUGCGUUCCUCAUCCUAGAGCCGAAACGAAAAGAUUCUUCCAGCUUAGUCCGCCACGUGCUUUGUGCCGAGAGCGACGAGGAACGGGACAUGUGGGUAGAAGCCUUGCUUCAGCAUGUUGAUCCCCAAGAUCUAAAUCAAACAACAUCUCCUACCGAAAAAGACUCAGGAUCUGCUCGUGGGCUUGGCUUCCCUAAAGGUAUCCAAGAGCUUGGUCGAUCAAAGGCAAAAGAGAGUCCAGAUGGAGGCAGUCAAGAUACUCUUCAGGGAAUGAAAUACGACGACACUGUUGCUGGCGAAGCGCCUGUUCCUCGAGGACCUAACCAGCGUGACGGGACGAUGGAUUCUCCCCAACACACUGCAUUCUCUGGAGACAUGCACAAUCAUCCUUCCAUUUCUGCACCCACCAACGGUGUCGUUAUCCAGAAUGCAGAGUUCUGGGGUAAUAAAACUUUGGCUCCUGCCAACGUGAAAGAUAAAAAGCGAAGCAUAUUUGGGUUCAGAGGAAGGUCCUCAUCUGAUCUCGCGCCUGGUCAACUAGCCAUUGGGCAGCCCAUUCAACAACCGGAACUUCACCACCCAGCUCGUAACGUGUUUGGUAUUCCACUUGCGGAGGCGGUGGAAUUUAGCCAGCCUGUUGGUGUAGAUCUCUUCCUUCCUGCUGUGGUCUAUCGAUGCUUGGAGUACUUGAAAGCCAAGAAUGCAUACAAGGAGGAAGGAAUUUUCAGGCUCAGUGGUUCUAACAUUGUCAUCAAAGCGCUUCGCGAGCGCUUCAACACCGAGGGCGACAUCAGGCUGCUUGAUGGUCAGUAUUACGAUGUGCACGCUGUUGCUUCACUGCUCAAGCUGUACCUCCGGGAAUUGCCAGCCUCAGUAUUGACACGCGAACUACAUCUUGACUUCUUGAAGGUUCUUGAUCUUGACGAGAGAGAGAAGAAAAUCGCUGCUUUCAACGUACUUGUUCACAAAUUACCCAGAGCCAAUUGCGAGUUGAUACAGGCACUAUCAUCCUUCCUCAUUGAUAUUGUCAACAACGCGGAUCUCAACAAGAUGACUGUUAGGAACGUUGGCAUUGUGUUCGCUCCCACUCUCAAUAUUCCUGCUCCACUCAUAUCUAUGUUCUUGACGGACUAUGUCGACAUCUUCGGCACUCCUGUCGAAGAGGCAAAUUCUCCUAUUCAUGAGAUAACCAUCAACGCUCCGGUUCCCAGCUCUGACGCCAUACGCUCUCCUCGUCGACAAAUGUUCCAGGACUUACCCACACCAGCAUACAACCAAACGUCUUUCCAACAGCCUAGCGCGUUUCCACAUCCAGGUCAGCAUCAGCAACAUGCAGGUUAUGAUACCGGUUUUAUACCGCUUCAGCCGAGCUACGACGCACCGCACUACAGCCAGCCUCAGUACAAUCCUCCACAACCACACGGCGAUGGAUUUGGCAGUCUCAAUGGAGCUCUUCAGGCGGACAAUUCCAGAGACGUUAAGCAGAGGCGUAGAGAAAGUGGUAUGCUACUUGUCAACAUGGGCCUCAACAACCAACGGAAGAGCUCAAUGCAGAAGCUCAGAGAGGAUUCCAGCAUGGUUCAAGAAGAGAGUGCUUUUGAUUGAACGGGAUCCUAGCACCGGCGUGGGCUCCACGAAGAAGUCAUUCCCAGCUACAAAUCUUGACUCAUCCCCAUAUGCCUCUGUCGUGGCCUUUUCAGAGGGGAAAAUUAUCGUCACGUCGUCCAAGUGAUCGCAAAGAUGCCUCAUCAAGAUCUCCAAAGAUCUUCGACACACGCCACAUUCAGCUCCGAGCUACUCUCCGACACAUUUCUAUUCAAUACUACCCUCUUAGCUCGGGACUGGCUCCGCGGGCGAUCUCAGUCGUGCUUGCGUGAUUUCAUCUAUCAUCACUCUAAUCUCGGAGACACUGUACAAAUGAUUGCAUUCCGACCUGCAGUCACGUUCCCACCCACGUUCGCUUUGGCGAUGUCCUUCGCCUUCGGAGA